GUUUAUUUUGGCUACAGCUGGGUAGCUUGGGCGUGUAGACCUCCUGGGAAGCUAAUUCAUGCCCGUUAAAUAUCACAGUCAGAGUGCUCUUUAACCCAGAAAAAUGAAACUGAGGGACGUUUUUCAUGUCAGUUUCUCCUUUUUUAGUUUCUUGUUUAGUGCAGUAACAUUCAUCCAGCUGAUAUUUUUCUUGUCCCACUUACCGAAGGAUGAAGAGAGUCAUUUAAAAGAUGACAUACGUGGUUUUGAGGAUGCCAUAUGGCCUUUGCUGGUUGAUUUAGCAUUACUUUAUUUGUUUGUUCUGCAACAUUCUGUAAUGGCAGAACCAUAUGUAAAAGAUUUUUUUGUGUCUCAUGGUGCUUCAGUGAUCCAGCGAAGCAUUUAUGUUCUUCUGUCAUCUGUGGCUCUGCAGGUUGUUUUCCACUAUUGGCAGUAUGUACCAUGGCUAACGCUUUGGCAAAUUGAUACUACACAGAGCAGUGUAAAACUGUGGUGUUUUGCAGUGAUUCACUGUUGUGCUUGGAUAAUGACAUAUGCAGGAGUGAUCAACAUGGAUGUGCUGGAUUUGUUGGGAGUGAAGCAGGUUUAUUUUGACAUUAAUGGCUGGGGGCAACCAGAUAUAUACAAGUCAGCAGAGCUUAGACGUUUUUACCAACAUAUGCGACAUCCAACAUUUCUGGGGUUUUUGACCAUUUUCUGGUUGUAUCCUAUAAUGAGUAUUGAUCGAUUACUUCUGGCAUUUGUAUGGACAGGUUACAUGAUAAUUGGUUGGAACGUUGAUCGCAAAGACUUGUUGUAUAUUAAAAAACAAUUUAAUAACAAGAUGGUGGAGCUUUCUCCAAAUAAAUGCCUUACUUUUUAUGAGAGAAGCAAGCUUUCAUAAUGAUGCCUGUUUUUUGUAAACUUGGCUGCUAAUUUAUACAAAAAAAUAACAAAUGGAUUCCGCUGAUAAGCAUAUAAAACCAGAAACAUCAGUUGGCCUGCAUCCUUUUUUGUGGUGACUUACUAUUGCAUAAAUUAUCCUCUCUUAGCACUGUUUGAAUAAGGUUAUCCAAUGAAGUAUAAUAGCACAUAUUUUCAGAAAUGCUUACCAUUGUGUUAUCUUGAUGUAAUAUUAUAACUUUCAUUUUGAGAAUGUUUACAGUAAUUAUUGGAAGAGAGUUAAGUUAUAUGAGAUAGUGAAGAGAGAAAUAAAUAUACCCAUUCUCCCAAUGGUCUUUAACCAUUGAAAAGAAUUGGCAAUUGUCAGUACAUAUGUAAAAACCGCAUAUGUUUUCACAAAUUGAGGUGUAAUACUUAAAACACCAAAGCAAUACGAAGUUAACAUUACCCCAUUUUACAAAUAAGUACAAAAUUUACAUGUGAUGAUCUCAUAAUAUAUUUUUUUUUGUUUUCACAUGUCAUGCUUCUCAUAUCAGUGUGGUGUGUUUAUUAAUGAGUGAUUGAUUGUAAACUUUUCAUGUGCUAGUCCUCAGCGCUUUAACAGAUACACAGAGUUGCAAGAAACUUGUAGCCUUUGAUAAAUGAAUAAUUACUUUUCUCCCAUUUAUUUCAGUCUGUUAAUGGAUACAUUAUUUAUAAACAAAGCAAUAAUAGUAUCAGAUUGUUGUAGCAUAAUUACCAUCUCAUUAUGCUUCAAAGCUAUAGUUGUGCUGCAUUUAAGAUUAUACUGUGCAUGCUACUUUAAUUUAGGAAAUUGUUUAGGAUAUGAACUAUUCAUUUUGAAUUGUAUUAAUUCCAGUAGUAAAGGCAUAAAUUUCUAAUCUUUUUAAACUUAUUUGUCAGUAUUAAUAACCAUUUAACUUUCUAUCACUUACAUUUUAUAUAUAUGUGCCACCAGGACCUUUUGUAAUCCCAUCAAGUCAUUAUACUCUUUGCUAAAUAAGUUUGCCCUACAGUGUGCAACACUUUUUUUUUGUUCUGAGCAAUGAUGAUCACAAGUCAGUGUACUACUUUUAUUUUAACGAUGAUUCUUGAAACAUGCAUUUUGUAUGACUGUGACCAUUACAAAGAAUUUGAUCAUGUAAAUACCAAGCAGUGUAGUGCAAUAAAUGGUGCUUAUUGACAAUCAUAUCCAGCUUAUCACAGCCUUAAAACUUAAUAUCUGUAUUUUAUUAUAAAUUAUACUUAACACUAGAUCUGCAAUAAUAAUUAUAAUUAUGCACAGAUCAAGGAGUUUCUGUGCUAAGGAUGUUAAUGAUAUGCUGUUGACUUUUUUAUGGUGUUAUUUAAUAUUUUUACAGAGUAUAUUUAAGAAGAGUUAUUUAUUUUGUAAUGUGUGUGUAUUUCUAAUAAAAAUAUUUACAUGGA